AUGCAGGAGGUGGGCAGCACCCAUGGGUGCCCUCGGAGGGUCUUCAGCGUCCUGGACCGCCUGCUGCUCACGCACCCUGUGUGGCUGCAGCUGUCACUCAACCAAGACUCCGCCCUCCACGCCCUGCUCCGGGAGCCCGUCGGGACCUUUCUGGUGUGUAAGUGCAGCUCCAGCCAGAGGAAGGUGCUGUGUUUGAGAGUGACGGCGGACAAAAGUGCCUCCUCUGUCCAGGAGUGCUUCGUCGGCGAGGAGGACUCCACAUUUGCCUUGGAGAGCUCGGCGCUCACCUUCCCCGACCUGUGCCGACUGUUGGCCUUCUAUUGCAUCAGCAGAGAUGUGUUGCCCUUCCCGCUGCAGCUGCCAGAGGCCAUCGCUAGAGCCACGACGUACCGGCAGCUGGAGGCCAUCUCACACCUGGGACAAGAAUUCUGGAGCAUGCCGACCGCUUCAGAGAUCCAGAACGGACCGGUGGAGCCGGUCGCAUCAACCGGCGGCAGCCGGGGUCAGAGGUCGGUGGCCCCGGGUCGACCCGGCAAGCUCUGCUUCAUCAACCCGCUCUUCCUACAGCUGGAGGUCAGCAUGCAGCCUCAGCUCGCAGUGAACCACAGCGCCUCCAAUAAACGCCACCGCUUCAAGUGCAGCAUGAGGCUCCGCCUCUCCGAGUCCUCCAUGAACCUGUCCCUGGAGGGCGUGGGCUCCUUCUCGCCGCCCUCGUCCUUGGAGCUGCCCGGCGGCUCCGCGGAGAGGCUGCAGAAGGCCGUCGGCAUCCCACAGAGGAGGGUCCACCCCGAGGUCGGGGUCCUGAGGAGAACCCCCGCCGUGUCGCCAGGCUCUGUGGACGAGGACGACACGAUGUCCGUUCACGCGCCGCAAGCGUCUGCGAACGCGGCGGCGGCCCCUCAGCCGGACCACCGGGCCGUGGAGGUGGCGGCUCUGGCCCUGGAGCGCCGCCCGGCUCCGUCCCUGGCCGAGCUGGACAGCUGCAGCUCCUUCAGCAGCAUGGACGAAGACGAGGACGACGAGGAGGAGGAGGAGGAGGAUGCUUCGGACCCAGAGGGCGCGGCGGCCCGGGCCCACGAGGCUCGCUUCUACCCGCGGCCGCCGCUGCUGCGCUCCCGGGGCCGCGGCGGGCUGCACCGCAUGAGCGAGGCCUUCGUCUGCUUCUUCGCUCCGGACAAGCGGCUGACGCGCCUCGUGGAGGAGCUGUCCAGGGACCGGCGCUCCGUCUUCGGCGGCAUGGUUCAGGACUUCCUGCUGGCGCAGAGGGAGGCGCUCAGAUCCAUGGCUUCCUCCUCCUCCUCCUCCUCCUCUUCAUCAUCACCUGUGACCUCCGUGCAGCUCCUGCAGGGUCUGCGCCUCUUUCUGUCUCAGGCCAAGUGCUGCCUGCUGGACAGCGGAGAGCUGGAGCCGCCCGUAGAGACCCUGGUGCCGGAGAACGAGAUAGACCUGGCGCUGGAGCGGGCCAUGUUCUCCUGCGUGCUCCGGCCUCUGAGGUCCCACCUGGAGAAAGCUCUGGCGGCGUCCCACGAGCGUGACGGCAGCAGCCGGCGGCUGGCCCGGAACCUGCUGCGCCUGAAGGGCGACGCCGCCAUGGAGCGGCUCGGCGUGCGGACGGGCGUCCCCGACGGCCGCGAGGUGGAGCGCGUGAAGCAGAAGCUGGUCCUGAUGCGGCGGACGCACUCGCCCAUCGACAAGGUGCUGCUGCUGCUCCAGGUGUGCAAGUGCGUGCACAAGGCCAUGGGCUCCCUGCACGGACAGGAAGUGAGCUGGGAAGACUUCCUGCCGUCGUUGUCUUACGUGAUGGUCGAGUGCAACAGGCCUCACGUCCUGCUGGAGGUGGAGUACAUGAUGGAGCUGCUGGAGCCCUCCUGGCUCGGAGGAGAGGGUGGGUACUACCUGACCAGUGUGUACGCCAGCCUGUGCCUGAUCCAGAGCCUGGACGGGGACCGGCCCCUCUCGGGCUGCCUGACCCCGGAGGCCCAGGAGGCCCUGAAGGAGUGGAGCUCCAGACGGAGCCGCGAGGCCCAGAGGCAGCAGGAGGAGCAGCAGAGCCAGAGGUGCGUUCGGAUUCUGUUCCAGGACGGGGAGCGGAGCGCCGUGCGGACGUUGCAGUGGAGAGCCGGCGAGUCGAGCCAGGCUCUGGCGCAGCUGUGCGCCGCCACCUUCGGCGUGCCCGACCCGCCGCAGUACGCGCUGUACUGGCGCAGCGGCGGCGAGAUGAGGGCCCUGCCGCCUCAGGCCCAGCCCCAGGACCUGGCGGGCCACAGCGAGGGGGGGCCCUCGCUCUCCUACCUGAGGACCGACCACGACUUCAGCAAGAUGCGGCGGCUCACCAGAGGUGGCGCCGUGGACCUGAGCGAGUCGGUGUGUGAGGAGUGA